UGUAAGGGCAUAUUUAGAAGAAGCAGAAAAAGAAGAAGAGGGAAGUGAUCGGCUGAUCAGCUCUCCCACAGAAAGAAGAAGAAGAAGAAGAAGAAGAAGAGCUACAGAAGAUCGGCGCGAGACUGAGAGAAGGAGAGAGAUCGAGAGAGAGAGAGUGGGGAAACUGAUUUUGGGAUACUCACAAAAGGCAGCGUUUCAGUUGUAUAGAAAAGCAAGGAGAGCUGAUGGCGUAUUCUCAUGCACGUGAUUUUAUGUUCUGCGACUUAUGUGGGACUGUACUAUCUAUGAGAACAACCAAGUAUGUUCAAUGCCCACUGUGCAAGUUUAAGCGCAGUAUGAAAGAGGUAGCUGAAAGAGAAACUUCUUACAUGGUCACAGCAGAGGAUAUCAGAAGGGAACUGGGUAUAACUCUGAUUAAUGACCAGGAAGUGCAGUUAUCAAAGGUAAAAAAGAAAUGUGAAAAAUGUGAUAAUGAAGAGGCUGAGUAUUGGACGAUGCAGAUGAGAUCAGCGGAUGAAGGACAGACUACAUUUUACCGUUGCACCAAAUGCAGCCAUAAGUUUUCAGAGAAUUAAGUAUCUUUGCAGAAGAGAUAAGCGGAUGAAGGGUAGACUACAUUUUACCGUUGCACCAAUGAAGCCAUAAGUUUUCAGAGAAUGGAGUAUCUUUGCACCAAAUGCGGCCAUAGGUUUCAGAGAAUUUAAGUUUCUAUCAUAUAUGAGAUGCAGGAUAGAAAGAGAAUGAAAGAAAUCAUUUUUUAUGGUGGUCGAUAAAUUUAUUGAUGACCAUAGACGCAAUUUAUCGAACUUUUUUUUUGGGGUGAAAAUGGAUUAUGACACAGAAUUUAAGUACCUA